AACCGCCCGUCUCCGCGCCCAGCGGCGGCGGCGUCUUUGUAAACGUUCGGCGACGACGUGGAGGUGCAGUCUGACAACAAGUGACGUCAUCAGACGCGAACGUCAUCGCAGCCUUGUGUCCGCUCGUCCGUUUGAUCCGUUUCUAUCUGUCUGUCCGCCCGUCUGUCUGUCUCUCUGUCUGUCUGUCUGUCUGUCUGUGUAUCGACCCCCCUGUCGACCUCCAGUCCAGAGGGAUACUUCCUCCUUCUAACUUUGGCUUUUGUUUCCUGGUGUUCGUGGGUUUGAAUCCUGCUUAAACCGAACUGGGGUUUUGUUUCCCACCAAAGAAAAACUGCGUUUGUGCCGCAAAGAGGCAAUGGCGGAGCAGAACAUUGAGGCAAAGUUAGAGAAGCUCCAGAUGGGGCAGCAGAACAUUGAGGCAAAGUUAAAGAAGCUCCUGAAACAGGCGAAGAUCCAGCUGUGGAAUCCGCCUUAUACAAAUGACCUCGGUGAGCCCGGACAGCCCCACAUGCAGGAACUGGCGGAGCGCUACGCCUCAUCGGUGGGUUACUCGGUGUCAGAGGUAGGGGCCGCCCUGGAGUCCAUCAGAGCCCAGGCGGUGAUGAAGGGGAAGGGCAAUAAGACGUUCAGGGAGACGAACGUGGCCACACUGGAGCUACUACUGCCCAGACAUGGCAGAAAGGAUCCCAAGAAGAAGAACUACAUGGAGACCAAGCUGGACGUCCUGGCUCAGGAGGUCAUGGACAGGGUCGCAGAAGAAUACGGCCUCAAACACAUCAAACUGAUCCUGAACGGGAAGAGUUUGUCCUCUGACCGGCGGCUGGACGAGCAGAGUGUGAAGAACAACAGUAAGGUGAUGGUGCUGACCGUGAGCGAGAUGGAGAGAAAACAACAGAUCAUGGAGGACGAGAAGCAGAAAAACCAGAACGAGAGCAUCCAGCGGACCCAGAAAGGGUUCCAGAUCCUGUCCGAGAGAGAUGGCAGCGAAGACCCGAAGAUAAAGCCCUUCCUGGAGAUCGCUGAUCAGAAGGGGAACCCACUUAAGAUCCCCGCCGACGAAAAGAAGGCCCUGAUCGUAGCCAUGGGUUUUCAUGAGAAAGGUCGUUCUCUGAUGAAGAGGAAGCAGUAUGACGACGCCCUGUGCCACCUCCUGCAGGCCGACAGCCAGUUUGAGAAGUGUGGCUCUACCUUGCUAAGGAUAGUGGAUAAUUAUGCAGUUCUGCAGCUGGACAUCGUGUGGUGCUACCGAGCUCUGGAGGCGCUUUGCUGUCUGGAUGAUGGAAAGAUGAGACUUCAGAAAGCAGAGGACUGUUUCCUGCAGUGUUAUGGAGAGCAGCAGGAGAGACUGAUGAUGAUCAAGGGUAACACGGGGAGAGAGAAGGUUCUGUUUCUCAGGUUGUAUUUGCUCCAGAGCUUGCUGUCCUACAUCGAAGGCAACGACACCCAGGCCAGACUAAAUCUAGACAAGGUGGAGGGCCUGUACAGCCAUCUGUGUCUGGACUCGGAGAAGAUGGCCCAGCUGAUGAGUCUGGGCUUCACUGAGACAGAGGCUCGCCUCGGCCUCAGAGCCUGCCAGGGAGACCUGCAAGAGGCUGCUGUCCACAUCAUCAACAGGAGACAGGAGCGUGAGGAGAUGAAGGACAGCCAGAGGAAGAAAAGAAGGAAGGAGAUGGUGGCCAUCACCUCCCUCAGAGAGCUGGGUUACUCCCAGAGAGACGCUGCCAGAGCCCUGCACCAGGCUGACGGAGAUGUCAACAGAGCCUACGAAAUCCUCGUCAACUCCGCCCAGGUGACCAAUAACAACACAGAGGAGGUUGUCAGUCCAGAGAAGCUGGGACAGUUGCUGUAUCUGGGUUUUGAGAGGGAGGUAUCUGAGAUGGCUCUAAGGUUGGCAGGUGGAGAUGUCCAAUCGGCUAUUAAGCUGGUGCUAGACAACCACGGUUCCCCCUCCACCUCACCUCCCUCUUCUUCUUCCUCCUCCUCUUCCUCCUCAUCAGAGAUACCGAGCUGCUCUUCAGACACAUCUGCAGAAACAGAAACAGAAAACAGAAUGUUGGUGAAUGAGGUUUUGGAAGACAUCUCCCGUCAUGAGGAAGACUACCUGGAUGUCACACUGGAGGAAGAGAGUGAGCUCAUCGCCACCAUGAAGACUUACCUCAGCCAAGGCUCUGCACACACUAUGUAACACACACACAC